AGAGACAUUUCUGCCAUUUCAUCCCUAACGUAUCAACCGACAUAGACCGCAUUUAUUUGUGUUAUGGACUUUGCCACAUUUGAGGAACGAUACUUUAGAGUCACGAAAAGGUUCGGCCAAUGUGCAGGGAUAUGGCCUGAUCAAAAUAAACUUGUAAAGUGCAUAGCGUGGAUCCUUAUUUACAUCGAAAUGGUGUCGAUUAUAGUUGUUCAGAUAACAAGAAUCGUGCACUUUAAGAAUAUAAACGUUUUCAUAGACAAUCUGCCGCUACUAUCCGCGGAUAUUUUAUUAUUCAUUAAACAGGGAAAUUAUAUUCUCAAUGCAACAGAGUUCAAGUGGCUCUUAAAGGGCAUGUAUCAGGACUGGGUUGUUAAUCGAUCAGACCACGAAAUCGCUAUUAUGACAAAAUAUGUGAAAAGGGGUGCUUUGCUUACGAUGUUUUAUUUAGCGAACGCAAUCGUCUGCACUAUCCUGUUCCUACAAGUACCAUGGACAGUGCGUCUCAUAGCAUGGCUGAAAUCUUAUAACACGACGCCGAUAAUACAUAUAGUACCGAGCUACUAUUUUGUCGACGAAGCCGACGUUUUUUACUUUGCUCAAGUGCAUGGCAGCCUGUCUGUAAUAUCUGUGCUCAUUGUGUUCGGAGCUUGCGACACAAUUUUCACGAUUAUCGUACAACACGCUUGCGGAUUAUUGGCUGUAGCUGGAUAUCGGUUCAAGCACAUCGAGCCCUGUUCAUUCAACGCUGCUCAAAACUCGGAAGAACAGGUGAAACGUAAUAAAAGAGUACACUUUUCCAUACAAGCACAUCAGCGAGCUAUAAAGUAUGUCCAGGAAAUAGAAAAUACACAUACUACGUAUCUUUUCAUAUGCAUGGGCAUAGUGGUUUGCUGCUUUAGUAUUACAUUGGUAAAGGUGGCCACUAUGGAUAUUAGCGUGGACUUUUACAAAAUCCUCAGCUUUUUGUUCGUGCAGUUAAUGCAUCUAUUUUACCUAACGAUUCAAGGCCAGUUCGUGGAAAAUGUUUGUGAUACACUUUACAGAAACAUAUACGAAGGAUUGUGGUAUAACACAAACGCGAAAACACAAUUACUAUACGUUUUAGCGUUACGGAGGAUGUUAAUACCACCUCGUUUGACAGCCGGCGGAUUCAUAAAUAUGAAUAUGCAAAGCUUUUCAGAAGUGAUAAAGGCAUCUGUUUCAUAUUAUACAGUACUGAGAUAAAUACAUAAACGAAAUGAUCAAAAUUUUGAUGCUCUAUACGGCGUACAAGUCAGAAUGAUGAUUCAUUUAUAUUAUCAUUGAAGGACAGGCCAAUGAUACGCUUUUCAUAGUGUUCAAAUUAACAACAAAUUAUUUAAAAUUAAUGUUCAUAAACAAUUACAAAGACAAUUCUUCUUGCCCGCAGGAAUUUUUAAAUAGUAGCGAACAUGUGCGUAAUUAUUGUUAACCGUGCAUUACACACAUUAUCGGGUAUUUAUGAAUUUCGUUGUAAUUACAUACUUAGAGCAACGUGGCUUGCGAGAAUAUAUUGUCUUAAAUGUGUUGGCAGCACUAUUUCAUCAAUAAAUAUAUAAACGAGUGGUAAACUA